GACAAAAAAUAACACACCAGCAGUGUGAGGAGACCUGAAAGUGGCACAUGGCAUGGCAGAGUGUGGCGAUGGAGACAGCAGCAAUAGGAGGCCGUACAGGGACCCAUGACACACUCUGGACCUGGCAGCAGCAAGAGGAGUACAGGGGCCCAUGGCAGAUGCGAAGCGUAAGCACUUAAAUUGAAGGUUUUACAAGGCCUAUGUUAAAAAGUCCCCCCAGCAGCAGUGUGGGGGAGACGACUAUAAAGAUUCCAAACCAUGUGCUCUGCUGAAGACACUGAUGAAGAAGAAGAAGAAGAAGAAGAUGAG